AUGGAUUCAAAGGAGGAGCUUGGCGAAUGGGUUUGGCUGCAGCAAAAGAACAAAGAUGAAUUCGAACUGCCAUACGCCGGGCGAGUUCUUCGUACGCACGAAGGGCGAACCCUGGUGGUCAACGACGACGGUGAGGAAUUCUGGGUCAAGGACAAAGAGAUAAUCAAACCAAUGCACGUGACGUCACAGAAAACGGUGCACGACAUGAUAACGCUCGGUGACCUGCAGGAGUACGCCAUACUGCGUAAUCUCAUCGUUCGAUACCGCCAGAAGCAGAUUUAUACGUACACCGGUAGCAUGCUGGUCGCGAUUAAUCCGUAUGAGAUCUUACCGAUCUACACGUACAAUGAGAUCAGCCUGUAUCGAGACAAGAAGAUGGGUGAGCUGCCGCCGCAUAUCUUCGCCAUCGGGGACAGCGCGUACCAGGAGAUGAAGCGCGAAAAGCGUGACCAGUGCAUCGUGAUCAGUGGAGAGUCGGGAGCGGGCAAGACGGAAAGCACGAAGCUGAUUCUGCAAUAUCUGGCAGCGACCAGUGGCAAGCACUCGUGGAUCGAGCAGCAAAUCAUCGAAUCAAACCCGAUCCUCGAGGCGUUUGGUAAUGCAAAAACGAUGCGCAACGAUAAUUCGUCCCGAUUCGGGAAGUACAUCGAUGUGCACUUCACGACCGAGGGCGUUAUUGGGGGUGCACGGAUCGAGCAGUACCUACUGGAGAAGUCACGCAUCGUGCGCCAGAACAAGGGCGAACGGAACUAUCACAUCUUCUACUCGAUGCUGGCUGGCAUGACGAAGGAGGAACGCCGUCGGCUCGACCUGGAGGACGCUCCGAAGGCCUACGCAUACCUGACCAGCGGCCAAACGUUGCUUUGCGAGGGACGAAACGAUGCGAAGGAGUUUGCCGAUGUGCGCGCUGCCAUGAAGGUGCUGGCGUUCGAUGAUCAGGAGAUUCAAUCCAUCUUCACUCUGCUGGCGGCGAUCCUUCACCUGGGCAACGUGAAGUAUAAGGCCACGGUAGUGCAGAACAUCGAUGCGGUGGAGAUAAAUGAUACGGUUAAUGUAGGUCGGGUUGCGGUGCUGCUCGGUGUCUCCAAGCCCCAACUGAUAGCGGCCCUUACGCACAAGACCAUUAUUGCCCAUGGGGAGCGUGUCGUGUCGCAGUUGGCCAAAAGUCAGGCACUGGAGGCGAGAGACGCGUUCGUGAAGGCGAUCUAUGGUAAGCUGUUCAUCAUGAUCGUGGACAAGAUCAACAAGACGAUCUACAAGCCGUCAGCGAAGGGACGCCUCUCGAUCGGUGUGUUGGAUAUCUUUGGAUUCGAGCAGUUUGAGGUGAACAGUUUCGAGCAGCUGUGCAUCAACUAUGCCAACGAGAACUUGCAGCAGUUCUUCGUGAAGCACAUCUUUAAGAUGGAACAAACGGAGUACGCACGGGAAGGUAUCAACUGGACCACGAUCGACUUUAUCGAUAAUCAGGAGAUUCUGGAUAUGAUCGGUAUGAAGUCGCUUAACCUAAUGUCGCUCAUCGAUGAGGAAACUCGCUUCCCGAAAGGCACCGAUCUAACGAUGCUCUCGAAGCUUCACUCCACCCACGGCACGAAGACGGUGUACGUGAAGCCAAAGUAUGACAAAGAUCCCGCGUUCGGCGUGCAGCACUUUGCCGGCGUCGUCUACUACCGGGUGGAGGGUUUCCUCGAGAAGAACCGUGACUCGUUCAGUGCCGACUUGAAGGAGCUGGUGACGAAGAGCACCAGUGAGUACUUGGUGACACUGUUCGGGACAGACGAUUCGCUCGAUACGACCAAACGGUCAAUUACGCUAUCGCUUCAGUUCCGCAAUUCGCUCGAGUCGCUGAUGCGUACACUAUCGUCAUGCCAUCCUUACUUUAUAAGGUGCAUUAAGCCAAACGACGUCAAACGACCUAAGAUAAUCGACAAGUCACUGUGCGUGCGACAGCUCCGAUACUCGGGUAUGAUGGAGACGGCCAAGAUAAGAAAAGCGGGCUACGCGAUCCGUCACACUUACCGCGAGUUUGUCGAGCGUUACCGGCACCUUGGCGUUGGCAUCGGUCCAGCGCACAGGGUCGACUGUGUGGAGUCCACCAAAGCCAUCUGUCGGAAGGUGCUGGCCGGUAUCCCGGACGACUACCAGUUCGGUUUGACAAAGGUGUUCCUAAAGGAAAGCCAUGACUAUCUGUUGGAAUCCGAACGAUCGCGUGUAUACUUGCACUAUGUGGUGCUUAUACAGCGCGCCUUCCGAAGGGUCCUGUUCUGGCGAUACCUCCGCCGGUAUCGCCAGGCAGCCAUUACAAUCCAGAAGCACUGGCGCGCCAGAGGCUACCGUGCCGACUACCUCACGAUGCGCAACGGAUACCGACGGUUGCAGGCCGUCAUCAAAUCGCGCUCGCAAACGUACGCCUUCGGAAGGCUCCGGGAGGCCAUCGUGCAACUGCAGGCCCAGUGCCGUGGGUAUCUAACGCGCCGCAACCUUCGAGACAAGAUUACGUACAGGGCCCGGCGGAUGAACGAAAUUAUCGCCAGGAAGCGAACCGAGGAAGUCCAGUUCAAGAAGUCGGGCAACGCCCGCUGGCGCGAAGAUGCCGAACACAACUACCGGCUGCGGGUGGAUGAGCUGAACAGAGAGCUGGCGUACGCGGAGGAGUCCCGGAAGGCGGCACGCGUUCUACCCCAGCCGAGCAUCAACCCCGAGGAGGAUAACAAGAUUGUGGACGACGUGUUCGGUUUUCUGGAAGGUACUACGAGCCCGGAGCCGGUACCGAAGCGGAAACCUUCGUUGGCCGUAAGCAAAAUGCUAGCCGGACAGAGCGAGCAGCACGUGGAGCCAGCGUCGGUUCCUUUCCGUGAGGAUUUAUCGGACUACAAUUUCGCCAAGUUUGCGGCCACCUACUUCGCGAACAAUGCGUCUUAUCAGUUCAGCAAGCGUAAGCUUAAGUCCUCGCUGCUCGAUCUCAGCGGUACGGCCGAUAUCAUAUCCGCGCAGGCACUGUGGAUAACAAUACUACGAUUUAUGGGGGACAUGGCGGAUGCUAAGUACGAAGAUGAGAGCGAAGAGUUAAAGCACAAACCGGUAAUGCAGCGGGUGUCGGUGACACUGGGCCGUAACUUUGCCAAGACGAAGGACUUCCAGGCGUUCCAGGAGACGCUGUCGGAGCACGACCGCAAGAUGAUACACAAGACGCUCAAGAAGAAAUCGAAGAUCCCGAACGAGCUGAAGUCGAUCAUGGAGAACAACGAGGAGAUAACGGACUACCAGGAGUUCCUGAACAGUCGCAGCACCAACCUGGACAAGCUGCACUUCAUCAUCGGGCACGGAAUUCUCAACCGGCAGCUGCGGGAUGAAAUCUUCUGCCAGAUCUGCAAGCAGUUGACCAACAACCCGACGGCCACGUCGCACGCCAAAGGAUGGAUUCUGCUGUCGCUGUGUGUCGGAUGUUUCCCACCGUCCGAGCGGUUCGUAAAGUACCUCCGGUCGUUCAUUCGCGAUGGGCCCGAGCUGUACGCACCGUACUGUGAACAUCGGCUCGAUCGCACGCUGAAAAAUGGAACCCGGCGUCAACCACCGUCGCUGCUGGAGCUGCAGGCUACCAAAACGAAACAACCGAUUCCGAUCAGUGUGAUCCUGAUGGACGGUAGCAGUAGAACGGUGGAGACCGAUUCUGCCACCACGGCCGGGGAACUGUGUGAGCGCAUAGCCGAUCUCGUUGGACUGAAGGAUCGUUUCGGCUUCUCGAUCUUCAUCACUAUGCAAGACAAGGUGCUGUCGCUGCAGAGUGGCCGGGAGUUCCUGAUGGAUGCCGUGUCGAACUGUGAGCAGUACGCAAAGGAACAGGGUGCAAGUGAGCGUGCGGCUGGGUGGAAGGUAUUUUUCCGCAAGGAACUAUUCGCUCCAUGGCACGAUCCAGCCCUCGAUCCGAUCGCGACGGGGUUGAUCUACGCGCAGAUCGUUCGGGGGCUAAACUUAGGCGAACUGGUUAGCAAUUCAGAUAAGGAUUUGGCGAUGCUAGCCGCCCUGCAGUACUACGCCGAGUACGGCAGCGAAUUGAACACGAAGACACUACAGGAACGGUUAAAAGAUUUCCUACCGAAAAGUGUCCUUCGACCGGAAACGGCGUCCCGUUGGGUGCAGAUGGUCGAAAGUGCGUUCAAGAAAAGCCGCUGUGUGAAGGAGUUCCUCCAGCGAGCUGUUGCAAAGGAGGAUAUUGUCCUGUUCGCAAAAAUUACCUGGGGUAUGAUGUUUUCGCGGUUCUUCGAGGCGGUCCAAACGGAAGGACCAUCGCUAGCGUCACCGAACAUCAUCAUUGCGGUGAACUGGUCCGGGGUUUUCUUCGUGGACGAACAGGAGCAGGUGCUGGUGGAACUUUCCUAUCCCGAGAUCGUUCAGAUGAGCUUCGAAGAGGACGCCGAGACGGAAGUGGGCACACUCUACAUCGGUACCAUACAGGGCGAAGAGUUUAGCUUCAAAACGUUUGACGCUCAGGUAAUCUCCGAUCUGGUCAACUACAUCAUUGACGAGCUGAAAAAGAAGAGCGUCUAUGCUGUCGUGGUGCAACAAUACAAAUCUGACACAACAGAUGAAACGGUACUGACCCUGGUGAAAGGAGAUCUUAUUUCUCUGGGGCAAGGUUUCACCGGAGAAUCGAUCAUGGCGGAGGACGCAACUUGGGGCUAUGGGGAAUGUAACGGUAAGGCGGGAUACUUCCCUACAGAAUCAAUCUACAUUUUACCCACGAUUCUGCCUCCAUCUGGAAUUGUGCUGAAUUUUUACAAGCGAGAAAAUGCUGUUAAAGCGAAGAAACAUGCCGGCCCAAUUUACAACACCAUUCAGCGUAAAAAGAUGCACAGCCUGCAGCGUUACGGUGCGGAACAUUUUCGGACCCCCAUUUCGGUCGUGUCUUCGUCUACGAGCAUAAACAGUGUGCGCAAGUCCACCGUCGAGGAACUCUGGCGACAUACUCGGGAUCCUAUGAAGGCACCGCUACUGCAGCGUAUACAGAAAGAUCGCGUAAAGUGUGACACCGCUGUGAUGAUCUUUACUUUUAUCAUGAAGUACAUGGGAGAUUUACCGAAGAAUCGGGAACAAAUCGAUGUUGGCAGGAUCUUCGGACCGGCUCUCGGAGACGACUUGCUGCGGGAUGAGGUCUACUGCCAGAUCAUGCGCCAGCUGACGGAGAACAGGAUUCAGAUAAGCGAAGAGCGUGGUUGGGACUUGCUUUGGCUUGCGACUGGCGUCAUGCUUCCCAGUCAGUCCCUACAGAAAGAGUUGUUCCUGUUCUUGCGCUCUCGCAAGCAUCCAAUUGCAGCGGACUGCUUGCUGCGACUGCAGAAAACGAUGAAGGUGGGACCGAGAAAAUUCCCACCGUACAUUGUGGAGGUGGAAGCGAUCCGCUACCGGACAGUAGAGGUUUACCAUAAGGUGUACUUCCCGGACGACACGGACGAGGCGUUCCAGAUUGAAUCGUCUACGAAGACGAAAGAUCUGAUUCAUACCAUCACGCGUCGGUUGGAGCUCAAAUCGAGCGAAGGCUUUAGUUUGUUUAUCAAGGUGAUGGACAAGGUAUUCUCCAUGCCAGAGGAUUACUUUAUCUUCGAUUUUAUCUACGAGUUGCUGGAAUGGAUGCGUGAAACUCAUCCGUCGCGUUCCAACGAUAAUCGCAUCCAGUGCGAGUACCAGCUGUUCUUCAUGAAAAAACUGUGGAUUAACGUGGUACCAGGGCGCGAUAGCAAUGCGGACGAUAUUUUCCACUUCCACCAGGAGGUACCGAAGCUGCUUCAAGGCUACUAUCAACUCACCAAGGAGCAGGCAGUUGAACUCGCCGCGUACAUUUUUUGGGCCCAGUUUGAGGUAUCUGACUUGGCGCUGCUGAGCAAAACAUUCAACCACUUCUUCCCGAUGUUGGUGGCGAAGGACGUUGAGCGGUUCCAGAAGCUCGAUCACUGGAAGCGAGACAUUAUCGCCAAGGUGGACGCCACCAAGGGCAUAUCGGUGAGCGACGCGAAAGUAGCGUUCCUCAAAAUCGUCCAACAGUUCCCGAUGUUUGGCUCGACGUUUUUCGUGGUAAAGCAAGCAACGGAUCCGAAUCUACCACCAACGCUGCUGGUCGCCAUCAAUCGGUUGGGUUUCCAUCUGAUCGAACCGCACACCAAGGAGGUCCUGUCCAGCUACAGCUACACGGAGCUGAACUUCUGGAGUUCGGGCAACACCUAUUUUCACGUGAAAUUUGGCAGCAUGAUGGGUUCGACCAAGCUACUCCUGGAAACGAAGCAGGGUUACAAAAUGGACGAGCUGUUGGCAUCAUACAUUCGGCAUUUCAAGGCACAAGCUCAGCGGAACUAG